AUGGGUCAAAAAGGGAGUGACAUUUUACAGUUCAGAAUAUCAGUGUCCAACGUUUUCAGCAGUCGGAGUUCGGAGUUCGCACAAAUGGUGUCAACAAUGUGCAAUAAACAUUUUGAUGGCCAUUAUCGUAAUAAAGCCUUGCCUUCUGCGGGAAUAUUACCAUGGCUACAGGGCAUGCUUUGCAAUAUUAACAAUCCUUGCCUUAAUUAUCCUACUCCAGGAGAGGCUCCAGGCCAAGUAAACAACUUUGAAAAAGCACUUGCAUCUGUGGCAUUUGAUGACAUUCAGAGAAUAAUACCAAAUCUGCAAAACACUCCUCCCUAUGAAGCAAUCUGGAAUGAUACAAGUGACUGGAUAAGUGCUUUUAAUCAAGCCAAUGCAACCACAGGUAAGCCAAUUCAGAUUGGAAGAAUUUUAAAGGAAAAUCAGACCUUCACCAACUAUCUUCAAAAGAACAUGUCUGUUCAACCAAGUAUCACAACAAGCAUCAUCACUUCAUAUCUUCAACCAAUAGCGAUCCUUAAUUUUUCAAAUGAUGUCAGCCUCCAGAAAAUACUCUGCAAUAAAACAUUGUUUGAGAAGUAUGUGAAAAUGAACUCAACUGAAGACCAAAGGAUUAUUCAGAAUAUUAGCUGCUCAUUUUCAGCAGAGCAAAUACAGGCAGUAAAUGAAGAGUUCUUAAAGAAUAUAGACACAAUGAAAUUUAUUAUGGCUUUACCAGAUGCAGUUGGAGUCAAACAAACAACGAGCUUGCCUUUAAUAAAUAAAUCAAUGCUGGACAUUAUGGCUGCUUUGAAACAGCUUCCUAAUUUGAAGACUCCACAAGCUUUCCAGACAGUUAACAGUUUAUCCAAUAUAAAUACUAAUACAAACUCAUUUGUCCAGAUGUUUGGCUCACUAAGUCUCUUUUUAUGCGGAUAUAAUGUUCCAUUUGGAAUGGGAACAAAUACCUCCUCCACAAGCAGUGCAAAUACAAGUACCGGCGGGAAUGGCAGUAACAAUAAUUCAAGCGUACCUGAUAGAAACACAACAAAUGGUUUCUGUGAGUCAAUAAUUCAGACAAUGUCAACUACUUCAUCGCUGCAACUAAUCUGGAGAACAUUUCGUCCUCUUUUCAUGGGGAAAGUACUUUACACUCCCGACAAUCCUGCAACAGCACAGAUUGUGAAACAGGCAAACAGCACGUUUAGAGCAAUGGGCAUGCUAAAAGAGUUUGGUGAAGCAUGGGAGAAAAAUGGACCUUUAAUCUGGAACUUUUUUCAAAAUAGCUCUCAGAUCAAUGGGCUAAGGAACAUGUUAAAGAAUCCUCUGAUGGCAGCAGCUGUAGAUAACCAGUUGAGUGGUACUGGGUGGAGUUCAACAGAUCUUUCUAAUUUUCUAUACAAUGGACCAAAGGAGAUCCAUCCUUCGGGAAUGGCAGCAUAUGAUUGGAGGGAUUCUUACAAUUAUACAACAAGUGCGAUCAAGACCAUGACACAAUUCCUUGGGUGUCUGACCCUGGACAAAUUUGAACCGGCUCCUAACGAAUGGACUCUGGUAAACAAGUCACUUCAGCUGAUCCAACAAAACUCAUUUUGGGGUGGAAUUGUGUUUCAGAACAUUGAUCCUCAGGCAACUGAUGUCCCUUCUUAUGUCAAAUACAAAAUUCGAAUGGAUAUUGAUGACGUAGAACGCUCUGAUAAAACCAAAGACAGGCUAUGGUAUCCAGGUGGACGAGACAAUGCUUACAAUGAUAUGCGUUAUAUCUGGGGAGGAUUUGCUUAUCUACAAGACAUGAUAGAUCAUGGUAUCGCUCAAGUACAUUCGAGUGACUCACAGCCAUUAGGAGUGUUUGUUCAGCAAAUGCCUUACCCAUGCUAUGUGGAUGAUGUGUUUUUGCGCUCACUUGCUCGCUCUUUACCAAUGUAUAUGACACUGGCCUGGAUCUACUCUGCCGCCAUGAUUAUUAAAGGCAUAGUAUAUGAGAAAGAGGCUCGGCUCAAGGAGAUGGUGAGAAUGAUGGGCCUUAGUAAUGGUACUUACUGGCUGAGCUGGUUUAUCAGCAGUGUCAUUCCACUGAUCGUUAGCGCCUUCGGUCUUACACUCAUACUAAAGUUUGGAAAAAUCCUUCAUUACAGUGACCCCUCCGUUCUGUUCAUCUUCCUAAUUGUGUUCUGCAUUGCCACAAUAUCAGAGUGCUUUUUCAUCAGCGUUUUCUUCUCUAAAGCCAAUUUAGCGGCUGCCUGUGGUGGAAUCAUUUACUUUGUACUCUAUUUGCCUCAUGUCCUCUGCUUUGCCUGGCAAGAUUACCUGACAUUUCGAAUAAAGAUAAUAGUGAGUCUACUAUCAACAGUAGCCUUUGGGUUUGGCUGUGAAAAUUUAUCACUUUAUGAACAACAAGGAGUCGGCAUUCAAUGGCGUAACAUCCAUCUCAGCCCUGCAGAUGGAGAACGUUACAGCUUUGUUGUAUCUAUGAUUAUGAUGCUUUUUGAUGCUUUCAUCUAUUGGGUUUUAACAUGGUACAUUGAAAAUGUUUUCCCAGGUCAGUAUGGAAUUCCAAAGCCGUGGUAUUUCCCUUUUACUUGUGCUUACUGGUGUGGAGCAUCAGUUAAACCUGAUGAUGUGGACAUUGCAAAGCAGGAGAUACAAAAUCAGAACAAUGCUUACAUAGAGCCAGAACCAUCAUCCCUAAAACAAGGAGUUUCUGUUAGAAAUCUUGUGAAGAUCUACAAAACUGGCAAAAAGUUAGCAGUAGAUGAGCUCUCUGUGAACUUCUAUGAAGGGCAAAUAACAUCAUUCCUUGGCCAUAAUGGAGCAGGAAAAACAACAACCAUGUCAAUAUUGACAGGAUUAUUUCCACCAACAUCAGGCACUGCUAUAAUAUAUGGAAAAGAUAUAAGGACUGAAAUGGACUUGAUAAGAAAAGAUAUGGGGAUGUGCCCACAACAUAAUGUACUUUUUGAAUACUUGACAGUGGAAGAACACAUUUAUUUUUAUGCUCGUUUAAAGGGACAGAGCUCCAAAAGUGUAAAGGAAGAAAUAGACUCAAUGAUUCAAGAUGUGGGGUUACCACAUAAACGCAAGGACCUCGUGAAAAAUCUUUCAGGUGGAAUGCAGCGAAAACUAUCAGUAGCUAUCGCCUUUGUUGGAGGAUCAAAAACAGUUAUACUAGAUGAACCCACAGCUGGUGUAGAUCCAUAUGCCAGAAGAGGAAUAUGGGAACUAUUACUCAAAUAUAAAAAAGAUCGCACUAUUAUCCUGUCUACACACCAUAUGGACGAAGCUGAUAUUCUUGGAGAUCGAAUUGCAAUUAUUUCACAUGGCAAGCUCUGCUGUUGUGGUUCCUCAAUAUUCCUCAAAAAGUGCUUUGGAAGUGGUUACUACCUCACUGUUGUAAAAUCAACUACAAAUUAUAUCUCACCUCAGAUGCUACAAGCCAAACCAGCUGUGGGAGAAGAUGGUGUAUCUAAUUCAAGCAGUGUGGAUGAGGGCAUUGGUACAGAAAUCGAAAGUAAUGAAGACCUGUCAGAUAAAAUGAUGUUUCUUACAAAACUGGUACAAAAACAUGCACCUGAGGCUCACUUUUUGGAAAGCAUUGGCCAAGAGAUUACUUACAUCCUGCCUUAUGAGGGUGCCCAGGAUGGCUCUUUUGCUCAGCUGUUUAAAGAACUGGACAUGGAACUCCCAAAUCUGGGGAUAUUAAGCUACGGUGUUUCAGACACUACUCUGGAAGAGAUAUUCUUAAAAGUGGCUGAGGAUACUGGAGUGGACAUGGAGAAACCAGCACCAGAACGACCCCUUACAAGAGACUGGAAGAGAGCUUCAAGAGAAAUGAAGCGUAUGAGUAUUUCGAGUGUUAGAAGCAAUCCUGGAUCCAUGAAAAUGAACACAGAUAAUGGAACUAUGGCACAUUUCAACAACAAGGUAGAAGGUGAAGAAGAUAUAAUUGACUGUGAUGGAAAAGGUUCCUAUACAAUUACUGGAUGGAAAUUAAUUCAAAGGCAAUUUUCUGCUCUAGUGAUCAAGAGAUUCCAUCAUGCACGUAGAAGCAGGAAAGGAUUUAUUGCUCAGGUUGUACUUCCUGCACUUUUCGUCUGUUUGGCUCUCAUCUUCUCCAUGAUCAUACCUCCAUUCCUUGAGUAUCCCAGUCUUGAGUUACAGCCAUGGAUGUAUGGAGCAUUCCAGACAACCUUCUUCAGCAAUGAUGCGCCUGAUAAUGCACAGCUGCAUCGCGUACUAGAAUCGCUCCUUGACAAGCCUGGGAUGGGGACUCGCUGCAUGAAAGGCAAUCCAAUACCGAAUCUUCCAUGUGCCACCAAUGGCAGUGACUGGUACACUCCUGAUGUGUCUGAUGAUAUCUUGCAUAUCUUUGAGACUGGAAACUGGAGUAUGGCAAAUCCUUCCCCUUCCUGUCAGUGUAGCACACCAAGCAGAACAAUUAUGUUGCCAGACUGCCCUGCUGGGGCAGGAGGGCUGCCACCACAAGAGAGAGCACAGAAUUCUACUGAUAUUCUACAAAAUUUAACAAUGAGAAAUGUCAGUGACUAUUUAGUGAAAAGCUAUGAGAAGUUCAAAAAACUAAGGUAUGGCGGGAUUUCAGUCGGGGGUCAAAACUCCCAGGUUCAGAAGAAUCAGUCUGACAUUAAUGCUUUCCUUCAGGAAAUGAAGAAGUUCUUCAACUUGUCAGAGGAAGAUAACACUGACCAAACACUUCAAGAUGCAGCAUCCUUCAUAAAACAACUUGGCACAAAGGACAAUUUAAAGGUCUGGUUUUAUAAUGUAGGAUGGCAUGCAAUGGCUUCAUUCAUAAAUGUUGCAAAUAAUGCAAUAUUGCGUGGCAAUUUACCCACUGGUAAAGUUCCAGCAGAUUAUGGCAUUACUACGUUCAACCAUCCACUGAAUCUGACAAAGGAGCAACUUUCAAGCAUGUCCAUAGGUUCGUCCUUCACUGAUGUCAUUGUUGCUAUAUGUGUAAUAUUUGCCAUGUCCUUCAUCCCAGCAAGCUUUGUGCUGUUUCUCAUCCAGGAGAGGAUCACAAAGGCCAAACAUCUGCAGUUUGUCAGUGGUGUGAAUCCAGUGGUUUACUGGUUAGCCAAUUUUGCCUGGGAUAUGUGUAACUACCUUGUACCGUGUGUCAUAGUGAUAGUUAUCUUCUUAUGUUUUCAACAAAAAUCAUACGUCUCUGGACAAAAUCUGCCAGUUCUGAUUCUACUGCUGCUGCUUUAUGGGUGGUCUAUCACGCCACUGAUGUAUCCAUCAUCCUUCUUGUUUAGUGUGCCUAGCACAGCUUACGUUGUACUAACCUGCAUUAACUUGUUUAUUGGAAUCAAUGGCAGUGUGGCAACUUUUGUGUUGGAGAUGUUCAAUGAUCAGAAUCUAAUUAACAUAAACAACAUUCUGAAACAGCUCUUGCUGGUAUUCCCCCAUUUUUGCUUGGGAAGAGGGCUCAUGGAUAUGGCAAAAAACCAAGCAGUUGCUAAUGCCUUCACUAGGUUUGGUGAAGACCGCUUUCAAAACCCUUUCAAUUGGGACCUUGUUGGAAGGAACCUGUUUGCAAUGUUUAUUGAGGGCAUUGGUUUCUUCGCUUUGACUCUUCUCAUGCAGUACAAGUUCUUUGUAAAGAUAAGGUCAGACAAAAUGGACUUGCCUCCUAUUACUGAAGAAGAUGAGGAUGUUGCAUGUGAACGUAGUCGAAUAGUGAAUGGCGGUGGGCAAUCGGAUUUGUUGAGAAUACACAACUUAUCAAAGGUUUACAGAAAGAAAAAGAAGCCUGCUGUUAACCGGAUCUGUGUGGGAGUUCCACCAGCUGAAUGCUUUGGCCUGCUUGGUGUAAAUGGAGCUGGUAAGACAACAACAUUCAAGAUGCUGACAGGUGACAUAUCUGUUACCAGUGGAGAAGCAUUCUUAAAUGGAUACAGUAUUUUGACUCAGAUGAAGGAAGUCCAUCAAAACAUGGGUUACUGUCCCCAGUUUGAUGCAAUUGAUGACCUACUUAAUGGACAAGAACAUCUAGAAUUUUAUGCCCGUCUACGUGGUGUUCCAGAAGCAGAAGUAAAGAAGGUGGCUAAAUGGGGUAUCAGGAAGCUAGGCCUAGUGAAAUACGCCACCAAAUCAGCAGGAACCUACAGUGGAGGAAACAAAAGGAAACUGUCAACAGCCAUGGCUCUUAUUGGAAAUCCACCUAUAGUAUUUCUGGAUGAGCCUACAACAGGAAUGGACCCUAAAGCUCGACGUUUCCUAUGGAAUUGUAUUCUUAGUGUCAUCAAAGAGGGAAGAUCUGUUAUUUUAACCUCCCACAGUAUGGAGGAAUGUGAAGCUCUAUGUACCCGAAUGGCUAUAAUGGUGAAUGGUCAAUUUAAAUGUCUUGGUAGCAUUCAGCACCUGAAAAACAGAUUUGGAGAUGGAUACACUGUUAUUGUAAAGGUAGAUGGCUCCCCACCUAAUUUGAAACCAGUGGAAGAUUUUGUCAAGGCCUCUUUUCCUGGGAGUGUAUUGAAAGAAAAGCAUCAUAAUACAUUGCACUACCAGCUGCCGUCUAAUGAGAGUUCACUGUCCAAAAUCUUCAGUGCUUUCACUACUAACAAGGAAUCCCUCAGUAUUGAGGACUACACUGUGUCCCAGACAACACUGGAUCAGGUAUUUGUUAACUUUGCUAAACAUCAGACAGAGGAAGAGUACACAGGAGAGGUAUAUGUCAACCAAGCUGCUGUUUUUGAAGACAUACCAAUGAAACAAAUCGAGAAUGCUGCAUAGAAAGAAAAUGCCUUACCUACCUGUGUCACAUUUAUAUUUGAAAUUCUGCUGUGUUGUUUAAUAUAAAAUAGUAGUGUUAAAUGCAACACAAUUGUUCAAAAGCAUAAUUGUAGAGAAUUAAUUCUAGUAGAGAAAAUUGUACAACAGAUUGACAUUGUCUAAUAACACAGACAUGUAUUUAACACUUAUCCAGUGAAUUAUAAAUAGCCCUUUUCUGGUGUAUGUUGAAUUAUUCCCAUUUACUACUGCAUAAGCUGUUUUCACUGUUAUUGCCUAACUGAAACAUUAGCUCAUUUUAUAUGGGCGGAAGGAGAACAGAACACUGGUCUUACAUUGAGCUGUGUGACGAUGGCUGUCUAAAGACACAUAUACAAAUAAUAUCUUUGUGUAAAAUCAAAAUCUGUACUAUGUAUGGCAAAUUCUUAUUUCCCAAAAUGCAUACCAUGAUACCAAUUAUAUUAAGGAAAUCACUCCCCGUAGAAAGUCAAGAUGUUUUGAAAAUGUUUCAUACAUUUUCAUGCUCAUGCGAUAUACCUUGUGGAAUAAAAAUCGCAGAGCAAUGUUUCGCAUUUAUGCCUUAAACCAGUGUGCAAGGAUUGCAUGGUAUAAAAAAGUAUAUUGUCCUUAGUCGUUUUGAGUGGUAGUAAAACAUGAUUUGUCUUUUUAAAGAAUAAUGAAAAAGAUACACAGGAAGUAAAUAAAAUAUGAUACAACCAUGCUACUCCUAGCCUUAAACACAUACUUUUAUGGAUACAUAGGUCCUAAUACUUUUCGUGGGUACAUAGGUCCUAACCCUUUACAUGGGCACAUAGGUCCUAAUACUUUUCGUGGGUACAUAGGUCCUAACCCUUUACAUGGGCACAUAGGUCCUAAUUCUUUUCGUGGGUACAUAGGUCCUAACCCUUUACAUGGGCACAUAGGUCCUAAUACUUUUCGUGGGUACAUAGGUCCUAACCCUUUACAUGGGCACAUAGGUCCUAAUACUUUUCGUGGGUGCAUAGGUCAAAGAUGUAUGUUCUUGCCUGACUGCUACCAUUUGUACUCUAAAAAGUUGCAUUUAAGAGUUAUCACUUAGAUAGUGGUUCGAUAUGCAGACACGUGAAGGUAUUUUUUUACAUGUUAAAUAAGCAAUUGUUUUGAGGACACACCUCCUUCAAAGCAGAUGGUAAGAAUUCAGAGAAGAAUGUUUCAUAUAACCCAAGAUAGCUUAUUCAAGUUCUAGAAAGAGAUUCAGAUGGUGGUACAAGCUAUAAUUCAUCUGAGCAUUAUGUAAUUUAUUAAUGUAACUAUGCUGCUUAAGAAAAAGUCAUUUUGAAGAUUUAUUUAUAAAAAAAAAUUUAGAUUGCUCUGUAAUUCAGUUCUUUAGCAUUCUCUUCCAUAAAUUUUAAGGUUUAGCUGUAAAAAUGCUAUUCGGAUAAAAAUUUAUAUAAAACUGAUGUGCUCUUUCUAUAUUUUUGUCAUCGAUUAUGCUGCUUAAUGCUAUCUGCAUAUAUUUCACUGUGUGACUAUUUACAUUUAAACAGAUUUUGCAAGGUGACAUUGAAGUAUUCAUUGUUCCGUAACUGGUGGAAACAACUUUAGGAUGGGCUGCUUUGUAUAUUACUAUAAGGACUGCCACUGCGAAAAUGUUUUUCUAAUUUAGAAUUCUGGAUAAAUCUAUUUUCAACAAGUCAGAUACGGUUGUGUGAAGUCACUAAAUCACAGGGCAUUUCUAAUGUACAAAAGACAAAAUAAUACUAUGUUUUAUACUU